AUGGUGAAGCUGCUGCUGAACAAAGGGGCCAACCUGAGCGCCAUCGAUAAGAAGGAGAGACAGCCCAUCCAUUGUGCUGCUUACUUGGGGCAUUCGGAGGUGGUGAAGCUGCUGGUGUCUCGCUCUGCAGAUAAGAGCUGUAAGGAUAAGCAGGGCUACACUCCUCUGCACGCUGCUGCUGCCAGCGGACACCUGGACAUCGUGAAGUACCUGCUGAGGAUGGGCACAGAGAUCGACGAGCCGAACGGCUUCGGGAACACGGCGCUUCACGUGGCGUGCUACACGGGGCAGGAGGCGGUGGCCAACGAGCUGGUGAACCACGGGGCCAACGUGAACCAGCCCAACCGCUGCGGGUACACCCCCCUGCACCUGGCCGCCGUCUCCACCAACGGAGCGCUGUGUCUGGAGCUGCUGGUCAACAACGGGGCCGACGUCAACCAGCAGAGCAAAAAAGGGAAGAGCCCCCUGCACAUGGCGGCCAUUCACGGACGCUUCACGCGCUCCCAGAUCCUCAUCCAGAACGGCGGGGAGAUCGACUGCGUGGACAAGUACGGAAACACUCCUCUCCACGUCGCUGCUAAGUACGGCCAUGAGCUUCUGAUCAGCACUCUGAUGACCAACGGAGCAGACACGGCCAGGUGA